AUGCGGACAGAGGAGUCGUACAGUAUGCUGCGUACCGCCCGUGCGGGUCACGUCGGGUCUUGGCUCUGGAUACUGACGACGGAGGGCCCUGAUGUGAGGGUCUGCAGAGGACCUACACAGAGUGCGCCCGGAGAUGUCUUCGUCCACCCCUGCACCACUGCCAUCAGAGCAGUCUUUGUCCGACCCACCUCCUCGUUACACGAGCAGUCGUGUCCAUCCUUAUUGCCCAACCUGCGCCUGUCCUCCACCACCUCCUGA